UAAUAAGCAUCACAUUAAAGUACGUUGAUAAUAUGACAGGAGAAAGGGACUUACAACUGCUACCCUCUUCACAUCAAAAUGAUGAUGAAAUUUAUGGGAAUAUUUUAGAUGAAAAUUUCUGUGAUCAUUCAACAAAUGCAAAAUUCUUUUCAAAAUAUCAUAAAGGAAAUAAGAAAUUCUCAACUACCUUCAGCAACUCUAAGAAAAUUGAAUAUUAUAUUAGUACAACCUUUUUGGAAAAUAAGAAUGAAGAUCUGAAAGAAUUGCUUAAGUAUUUUGAAAUUGCAGCUAUUGCAAAUAACUGA